AGCACAAAACCCCACGAAGCUGCUGGCCGGUUUCACAUUGCGAGAGUUCCCGAAAGCUCUUUAAAGCAGGAAAAGGUUCACCCUCUCUCCCCAAUCCCAAACAAAAGCAACGUUUUUCGCCAAUCCAGCUGGCGGGACACGAGGAGCCGGGUCGAGACGAGUUAAAACGAGUGCCGCGAGCUAUAUCUCGGGUUUCUUGGUUGAGCGCCAUAUAUACCAUCGCAGCGCGCUGACUUGCAACUCACAUUGAUUUUGCGCGAAGGUGGGGGUCGCUGACUUUGCCCAUUCUUGGAAGUAAAGCAGCGCGUUCGCCCGCCGCUGGUAUAAGAAUCGCCACCGAAUUCUCAUUCUCGCAGGGAGAGGAAAGAUCCUCGCGACGACGAGGCAAGCUUCACAGGGGAGGAUCGCGCAAGUAGGAAUGUUGGCGGUGAUGAAUCAUGACACGAGCGCGGCCGGUUCAUCGUCGCUAGGCUGGAGCGCGAGCAGCAUCACCCAGUUUGAUUUCAACAGCAUCGACUUCGCGGGGAUCCAAUCGCCCAAGGCGGAGGUGUCCCCGGAUUCCUCGUCCAGCAGCUACGAUCUCUCGGCGGUGGUGCCUCCGCCACCGACAUUCGCGAUCGCGCCCCCCGCGCCAAGAACAACGACAGCAGAGCACUCCCCUGUUUGCGUGCCGGGCUCCAACCCGCGGCCGCGAUUCCGGGGCGUGAGGCGGCGGCCAUGGGGCAAAUGGGCCGCCGAGAUCCGCGAUCCCAAGAAGGCCGCCAGAGUGUGGCUGGGGACGUAUGAUACCCCCGAGGACGCGGCGCGAGCUUACGACAUGGCGGCGCUGCGCUUCCGGGGGAGCAAAGCCAAGCUCAACUUCCCAAACGAGUCCAAUCGCACCAGGAGCGUCGCCAGCGCCGGGAUCGUCAAGUCCUCCUCCUCGCCGCCACUCUCCACCGCCAGCGCCAGCGUGGCCAAUUCCUUUCGCGUCGGUGGCACCAUGUCGGGCAACUUCCAUCUCCUGGAUCAGAUCCAGAUCCGCGGCGGGGCCAGCAGCGAUGGCGUCACCGCUGCCAGCAGCGCCAGCGCUGGCGCCCCGCCAUUCGCGUUCCAAGGUCUUUCGGGUUUCUCCGGAUCCUCGCAGUUCCAUCCCCCGCCACCGCCGCCACAGCAGCAAUUCGAGACGAGUUCCAGCAAUCCCAGCAGCUUGUGGCAGCGGCGAUCCAUCUCCGCCGCCAUCUCGCCGCUCCAGACGAUCAAUCCCCAGCAUCACUACCAUCAACACCACCAUCUCUCACCACCGCCAACGAUUGCCUCGUCCGGAGGAGAUUCUUCGAACCUUCCAACGCCAUCCACGGCAGCUUCGUGGCAGCUCCCACAGGCUCAUCCGCCACAGGAUAUACUCUCGCUCGAGCAGAUAUUUUCCCAGUCCCCGCGGGUAUACCCGGGAUAUACCGGGGAAUAUUCACCGGGGAUGCUCCUCCGGAUGCUCGAGGACCCGUCGCCCAGCCGCGCCCGGCUGGACCCCCCCGCGACCGGCUUUGCGGACGAUUCCGAUUCGCCCAGGACCUUCUUUCCAUGAUAUGCGGUGUGCCGAAAAG